AUGAACUAUGACCAUGAGAAAAACGGGGAUGUGACCCACAGCGAAGCUCUUUCUAGUCAACAGACUGAUGCAGUCGCACAUCUCGCCUCUCAUGAAGACCACCAGCAGACAAGAAUGCAAGCAAUCAAGCAAAAUCCUUGGGCUUUUGCUUGGUGCAUGUACGCUGUCUGGGUGACCAUUGUCGUCAGUUUCGAGAACCAGGCUUCUGGAAUCGUCAUUGGUAUUCCUCAAUUUCGAAAAGACUUUGGUUACCUCGUUGAUGGCGGUACAUAUGUCAUCCCAGCUCAAUGGCAAGCUGCUUUCAGUGCAGGUCCUGUCGCCUCGACUGCAAUCGGUGCCUUGACAGCUGGAUUCUUCGCCGAUCUACUUGGUCGCAAGAAGACUGUGAUGGCGUUUCUCGCUGUAUCGUUCGGAUCCAUCACUAUGGAGUUCGUCUCAACCACAAACGCACUAUUCUUUGCAGGAAAAUUCGUCAACGGGCUUGCAGUAGGAGUUUUGGCAGCAGUGGCACCAACUUAUGUUGGCGAAAUCAGCCCUCUUGCUAUCCGCGGCCUCCUCACCUGCCUCAUCGCCUUGGCAUAUACCCUUGGACCUUUCACAGCAUCUCUAAUUCUCAACUCCACCGGUACCUCCGAAACGAGAUGGGCCUACCGAGCAGUCUUCUGUGCGCAAUAUGGAUUCGCUGGUAUUGCAGCAUUGUUCGUGCCUUUCAUGCCAGAAUCUCCAUGGUGGCUCUGCAGUCGAGGCGAGGAUCGGAAGGCGCUACGAAGUCUCGCACGUCUAGGAUACAGCGACAACGGCGAAGGAGAGAAGAGAUUGGCAGUCAUAAAACUGACUUUGGAACAAGUAAAACGAGAGACUGAGGGUGCAACUUAUCUUGAGUGCUUCAGAAAGUCCAACUUGAGACGUACAAUCAUCAGCAUUGCACCGCUCUCUAUUCAAGCGCUUGGAGGUGUCAUUUUCAUUGCUGGGUAUUCGACAUACUACUUCCAGUAA